ACUCAAAAUUCCCCUCUUCGUGUUUUCGUUCGUUACUAAUAAAGCGAGCAAAAACACAACAAACCUCACUCUCUCGCUCUCGUCUUCGCUCUAUCCUCUCCCUCACUUCCCCGUCUCCCUCUGAUUCAAAUCGCGAUCUCUCCUGCGGGGGUGGUAGCGGUGGCGGAAAGCGUCGGCAGCAUUGAGUGUGAUUGUGUUGUGACUGAGCUGUUGUAAAUGGCGGGGAAGAAGAUGGUGGCGCUUCUCUUCGUCGCCGUCUUGGUCGUCUUCGGAGCGGAUCAGGUUAGAUCUGACGCCUCCGAUCACCGAUACAAAGAUGGGGAUCAGGUGCCUCUCUAUGCCAACAAGGUUGGCCCGUUUCACAACCCGAGUGAAACAUACCGUUAUUUCGACCUUCCAUUCUGUUUCCCAGCAGCACAUAUGAAAGAGAAAAAGGAGGCUCUUGGCGAGGUACUUAAUGGGGAUCGGCUAGUUAGUGCCCCAUACCAGCUUGAUUUCCUUCGUGAGAAGGACUCGGAAGUUGUUUGCAAGAAAAGGCUUUCAAAGGAAGAAGUGGGUCAGUUUAGAGCUGCUGUUAAGAAAGAUUACUACUUCCAGAUGUAUUAUGAUGAUUUACCCAUCUGGGGUUUCAUAGGCAAGGUUGAUAAGGAAGGCAAAGACCCCAGUGACUUUAAGUAUUACCUUUUCAAGCACAUUCACUUUGAUAUCUUCUACAACAAGGACCGGGUGAUCGAAAUUAAUGUCCGAACUGAUCCAAAUGCUCUUGUGGAUGUCACUGAGGACAAAGAAGUCGAUGUUGAAUUUUUAUAUACCGUCAAGUGGAAGGAUACCAACACUCCUUUCGAUAAGAGGAUGGACAAGUACUCUCAGUCUUCUUCAUUGCCUCACCAUUUGGAGAUCCAUUGGUUCUCAAUCAUCAACUCAUGUGUGACAGUUCUACUUCUUACUGGCUUUUUGGCUACAAUUCUCAUGCGAGUGCUGAAGAAUGAUUUUGUCAAGUAUGCCCAUGAUGAAGAAUCUGCUGAAGACCAGGAAGAGACAGGCUGGAAGUAUAUUCACGGAGAUGUGUUUAGAUAUCCAAAAUACAAGUCCCUAUUUGCAGCAUCCCUUGGUUCUGGAACCCAAUUAUUCACUCUGACUGUGUUCAUCUUCAUACUUGCAUUGGUUGGGGUGUUUUACCCAUACAACCGGGGUGCCUUGUUCACUGCAUUGGUUGUCAUCUAUGCUCUAACAUCAGGAAUUGCUGGAUACACUGCCACUUCCUUUUACUGUCAGCUUGAAGGAACUAACUGGGUUAGGAAUCUGUUGUUGACUGGGUGCCUCUUCUGCGGACCACUUUUCCUCACCUUCUGCUUCCUUAACACUGUUGCGAUUGUCUACACUGCCACUGCUGCACUUCCUUUUGGAACGAUUGUUGUGAUAGUUCUCAUAUGGACACUCGUGACUUCUCCUUUGCUUGUUUUGGGUGGAAUUGCUGGCAAAAACAGCAAGGCUGAGUUCCAAGCUCCUUGCCGUACUACUAAAUACCCCAGGGAGAUUCCACCGUUGCCAUGGUACAGGGGAGCCAUUCCGCAGAUGGCAAUGGCUGGAUUUCUGCCAUUCAGUGCUAUCUACAUCGAGCUCUACUAUAUCUUCGCCAGUGUCUGGGGUCACAGGAUUUAUACCAUCUACAGCAUCCUGUUCAUCGUCUUCAUUAUUCUCCUGAUUGUCACUGCUUUCAUUACUGUGGCAUUGACCUACUUCCAACUUGCUGCUGAGGAUCAUGAAUGGUGGUGGAGGUCGUUUCUAUGUGGUGGUUCAACUGGGCUAUUCAUCUAUGCCUACUGCCUCUACUACUACUAUGCACGCUCCGACAUGUCUGGCUUCAUGCAAACAUCGUUCUUCUUUGGUUACAUGGCUUGCAUCUGCUAUGGUUUCUUCCUCAUGCUUGGAACUGUAGGAUUCCGUGCUGCCCUACUUUUCGUCCGUCACAUCUACCGAUCCAUCAAGUGCGAGUAGAGAGUGCAGGAAGAAGGUUAGUCGUUGAUGUUUGACAACAAGUAAGAGCAUGAAGGGUUCAUUAGGUAAUGUCUGUCUGUCCUACUCUUUUCUUGUUCAUUGAAAGGGGAUCGCAAUAUGUAGAGAGGUUUUUCUUCUUCUUUGGUUCUCAAAUGAUUUUAUUUUUGUAGUCGCUCUUUGUACGAAGAAAGCGGAAAGAGCAGAUUCAUUCGAAUGUCUCUGCUGUCUAGAGAAUAUGGUUUUAGGUUAAAAAGUAUCAUCAUCAUCAUCUUUGGUUACUCUUGCCCAGAAAGUUUGUAUCAUCAUAUCGCUUUUUAUCUGGACGCACCCAACAAUACAAUUUUCUCCCCUUUGUGUCCUUCUGCUUGCCAUUUCUUCCGGAAUGAUAUGUUGUAGAAAUGAUUCUUGCUUGGCAUUUUAGCAUCCGCCUUUGGUUGUUGAUGGUGAACUUUUAUCGCGGCGAGGGUGACUUGUUCCACAAGUCAUUACUAGAUGCAGUAGAAUUACGUCUGCAUGGUUAAAUUCCUUCUUGUGAGUUGUGAGUGUGUGUAACAUGUGGCAGUCAG